UCUCACUCAUGUUUCCUGGCCACCCUCACAUGCUCAGAGAGAGGAAGAGCUGUAGAGUCUUAGCGGCACAUGAAGCAGCUCUGUCUAUUUUAAACCACACCAGACUGGAUUCAGGAUAGUUUUAUACCUCUUGCGACGUGUGACAGAUUGCAUGUACAAAGUAGAGAGAGAUCAGAGUUUAACUUCUUAUUUUUUUUACCUUUUUAUUUUGGAUUUUUCUCCAUCUUACUGUAGGUGAACGUGUGUGUGUGUGUGCGCGUGUGCGUGUGUUUGAGUGAGUCUGCAUGUGAGUGUGAGAGAGGAAAAGGAGCAGGAUGAUUGCGGCCCAGCUACUAGCCUAUUACUUCACUGAACUCAAGGAUGACCAGGUUAAAAAGAUUGACAAGUACUUGUACUCCAUGCGUUUCUCUGAUGAGACGUUACUGGACAUCAUGCAGCAAUUUCGAAGGGAGCUGGCCAAAGGACUGGGUCGGGACACUAACCCAACGGCCGCACUGAAGAUGCUGCCAACGUUUGUGCGGUCAAUCCCAGAUGGCUCAGAGAAGGGAGACUUCAUUGCGUUGGAUUUGGGUGGCAGUAACUUCAGGAUCCUCCGCGUCAGAGUGAGCCAUGAGAAGAAACAAACUGUUCAGAUGGAGAGUCAGAUCUAUGACACACCAGAAGACAUCAUACAUGGCAGUGGAACAAGACUGUUCGACCAUGUGGCAGAGUGUCUUGGUGACUUCAUGGAAAAACACAGCAUCAAAGACAAGAAACUUCCAGUUGGUUUUACCUUCUCCUUUCCCUGCCAGCAGAACAAACUAGAUGAGGGCUUUCUGAUGACAUGGACAAAGAGGUUCAAGGCCAGUGGAGUGGAGGGAAUGGACGUUGUCAAGCUGCUCAACAAAGCUAUUAAGAAACGAGGAGACUAUGACGCUGACAUCAUGGCAGUAGUGAAUGAUACUGUGGGAACGAUGAUGACCUGUGGUUUCGAUGACCAACGCUGUGAAGUCGGCAUCAUCAUCGGCACUGGCACCAACGCCUGCUACAUGGAGGAGCUGCGUAACAUCGACCUGGUGGAGGGAGACGAAGGCAGGAUGUGUGUGAACACCGAGUGGGGGGCCUUCGGAGACGACGGCAGGCUGGAAGACAUCAGGACAGAAUUUGACAGAGAGAUAGACCGAGGCUCCAUCAACCCAGGAAAACAGCUAUUUGAGAAGAUGGUCAGUGGUAUGUACAUGGGGGAACUGGUUCGUCUCAUCCUGGUAAAGAUGGCCAGAGAGGGCCUGCUGUUUGAGGGAAGGAUCACCCCUGAGCUGCUCACUAAGGGCAAGUUUGAGACCAAACACAUCUCAGCCAUAGAGAAGAGUAAGGAGGGGUUAUCCAAGGCCAGGGAAAUUUUAAUCAGACUUGGUGUGGAGCCUUCAGCCGACGACUGCAUUGCUGUCCAGCAUGUUUGCACCAUUGUGUCUUUCCGCUCCGCCAACCUGAUAGCUGCAGUGCUGGCAGGCAUCCUACUGAGGCUAAAGGAGAACAAGGGUGUGGCACGACUACGAACCACUGUAGGCAUCGAUGGAUCUCUGUACAAGAUGCACCCACAAUAUGCCCGUCGCCUUCAUAAAGCAGUCCGGCGUUUGGUUCCGGACACUGACGUUCGCUUCCUCCUAUCAGAGAGCGGCAGUGGAAAAGGAGCAGCCAUGGUGACAGCUGUGGCCUACAGACUCGCCGAACACUCACGACAGAUUGCCCAAAUACUGUCCGAAUUUCGUCUGACGACCGAACAGCUGCUAGAAGUAAAGAAGCGAAUGAGGACAGAGAUAGAAAAUGGCCUUUCAAAGAGCACUCAGGACUCUGCUACUGUCAAAAUGCUGCCAACCUUUGUACGAAGCACUCCUGAUGGCACAGAGAAUGGUGACUUCCUGGCUUUGGAUUUAGGAGGAACUAACUUCAGAGUUCUGUUGGUCAAGAUUCGUUCUGGCAAGAGAAGAACAGUGGAGAUGCACAACAAAAUCUACGCUAUUCCUCUGGAAGUGAUGCAGGGCACAGGAGAGGAGUUGUUUGAUCACAUUGUGCAGUGUAUCAGCGACUUCUUGGACUACAUGGGGAUGAAGAAUACUCGUCUUCCUCUGGGAUUCACCUUCUCGUUCCCCUGCCGACAGACCAGCCUGGACGCUGGCAUCCUGGUGACAUGGACCAAGGGCUUCAAGGCGACAGACUGUGAGGGAGAAGAUGUGGUGGGACUGCUGAGAGAGGCCAUAAAAAGGAGAGAGGAAUUUGACCUGGAUGUAGUGGCCAUAGUGAAUGAUACUGUGGGAACCAUGAUGACCUGUGCCUAUGAAGAACCCACCUGUGAGAUUGGCCUUAUUGCAGGUACAGGCAGUAACGCAUGUUACAUGGAGGAGAUGAAGAACAUUGAGAUGAUAGACGGAGAUGAGGGACAGAUGUGUGUCAACAUGGAGUGGGGAGCUUUUGGAGACAACGGGUGCCUUGACGACAUGAGGACAGAGUACGACCGCUUAGUGGAUGACUUCUCUCUCAAUCCAGGCAAACAAAGAUAUGAGAAAAUGUGCAGCGGCAUGUAUCUUGGGGAAAUUGUGCGGAACAUCCUGAUAGAUAUGACCAAGAGAGGAUUCCUGUUCAGAGGGCAGAUUUCUGAAACACUGAAGACCAGAGGCAUCUUUGAAACUAAGUUCCUCUCACAGAUAGAGAGUGACAGGCUGGCUUUGCUGCAGGUGAGAGCUAUCCUGCAGCACUUAGGGUUGGACAGCACCUGUGAUGACAGUAUCAUAGUCAAAGAGGUAUGCGGGGCAGUGUCACGACGUGCAGCUCAGCUGUGUGGGGCAGGAAUGGCGGCCGUGGUCGAUAAGAUCAGAGAGAACCGAGGACUGGACCAUCUGAACGUCACUGUAGGGGUGGACGGGACACUUUACAAACUGCAUCCACAUUUCUCCAGGAUCAUGCACCAGACAGUAAACGAACUGGCUCCUCAGUGUAAUGUCAACUUCCUGCUGUCCGAGGACGGCAGUGGGAAAGGAGCGGCGCUGAUCACGGCUGUGGGCUGCCGCCUGAGACAGGAGCUGAACAGCAAAUAAAAUCUCUUCUGCCUCGCUAUUACCUCCCCACUUCUCUAGAUCACCCGCCUCUCCUCCCCUCUGUUCUCUCCCCUUGUCGCCUUUCCUCCCGAAUCAAAUCAGUCCAGUCAAUAUGUCCAGUAGCUGCUUUAGCCCGUCUACAUGACUGCGAGAAAGAGAGAGAGAGUGGAGACAGCUUUCUCUGCUGUGUUAUCUAGCACAGUCAGACUCUAUGCUGUAGUUAGAUUAUAUUUGAUUAUCCAUUGUAACAGUACCCAGACUCUUAAGGGUUUUGCAGUUCUGUGAUUUCUGAGGUUAAACUUGUCCUAGAGAUAAAACAUGCACAAUCAACUCCUGUAAAAAUGUGCAGGGAAGAAAAGAGUCCUCACACUUCCUGAAUGCUCCUUUUAACUGUUUAUCAUUGCCGCCUGGAGGAUUCCUCUCAUAAACGCUGUCUGUUACAAUAUAUCAAGUAUAACAGUUGCAAGGCAAUUUCCAAAAACGUUAAAGAAAAAAAAAACGUUUUAAUCUUGCAACAUGUUCAGUAGAUGCAGGCACAUUAAAACACUGUUUCAACACAAAGUAACCAAAGUGUUUGCGCUGUCGGCUACCGACGGUCUUUACGACAAGACUUGAAAGGGAUAUGAGGUGUUAUUUAAAUGCAUAAUGAGACAAAAAGGAAUGUGUUUGCUUUAAAGUUUUUAAUAUUUUACCCAGGCAUAGUACAAUAUGUUAUACAUAUAUUGUUGCUAUUUAUUUUAUUUUUGUAUCAAGAGAUGCUGAAAAAUGUUCCUGUUGCAAUAACGAAGCACACAGAGGAAGUCACUGUACAAGUCCCCUCAGACAGUAUUUGUCCUGUCGUGCAGGAUUUACUAAACCAUGUCAGGGGCAAAAGCGUGACAACAAAGGGACUUCUACCAUGCUCUAUCUGCAGAGAAAGCCAUGUCACGUGCUUGUUGAAUGUGCAGAUCUGAUCUAAUUUAUGACAACAAUCUUAUCAUCUACUGUAAAAUAUUUUCAAAGAGCGCCUGCAUUUUAGAAUUUCCUUGAGUAGAAAUUCUGUUGUUGGUACUAAUUGUCUUAAGAAGUGCUGGCCAGCCUCAUCAUCACAGCGAGUCUUACCUGUUAAUCAACAACAGCCACAAAACACGAAUGUGGUGCUACCAGUGAUGCCAGCAGAACAACAAUGGCCAAACUGUGUCUGAAAGUGGCUGAAACUUUAUGGGGAAUAAAACCUUUUAAGAAAUACAGCUUAUCCCCACACUCACUCACUGUACUCCAUCUGCUCCUAAAUGCUCAGGUGGGUGUUUAGUGAAUUACUGUACGUUUCACACAAGUAGCAGCUCAUGCAGUCACAAAUAUUUAUUUUUCCUCUUUAAUAAAAUCAAAUAAUCAGGUGAUUUCUGUUAAUGAUACCAAUUGACAGACGGGUGGAUUUAUUCACUGGAAUUUUUCUGUUUUUUUUCUUUCUUCCUUUCUUUUUUUAAAUCUAGACUAUUAAAAGAGAAAAGUUUUUUAAAAUCAAGUUGACAGUUGUCCAAGGAUGGAUCUUUGCGAUGCUGCAGUACAUUUACUGCCAUCUUUGUGGCUUUUGGGGGAAAGAUUAGCUCAAACCCAACCUGAAGCCAAACUGCCAGGAUAAAGAGGGUCAGCAUCUUCAGCAGGUCCUAGACUACCCCGACUCGUCCCCAGAAAGCCAGCUGCACAUGCCAGACACUUUAAUCUCUUUGCUUCUGUCCAUAAAACCCUGACCGUAUCUGUCCAACGCUGUCAAUCACUCAGUCACUAAAUAAAGACAAACCUGUGUCAA